CGUCGAUCCUCGAGGACGUGGACAAACUGCAGGACCUGUUUCCUCAUCAGGAUUCCUGGACAGUAAAUUCACUAAAACAAAAGAAACAUGGCGGCCUCUUCACUUCCUUUCUUAGAUAAAAGAGAUCCUCGUCUGAAACUCAAGGUGGAAAACAGAAUACGAAACGUGUUUGUAACUCAGUCGGACGACACCACCAGACAUGUGGAGGAGAGAGAUGUCAAUCACAUCCCUGUUGUUACGGAGACUCCCAGCAGAGUCCUUGAGGCCGGAGUGAACACUUUGCAAAAGACGGUGGUUCUGAAGAAACAGACUGAGUUAGAUGAGGUGAACAAGCUGCUCGCACUCAAACGGCAAGAGUUUAAGAGCAGCGUUGAGGCUUUGGCACUGAGGAAGUCUGAACUGGACAUAAAAUACCAGGAGACUAAAGAAAGAGCGAUGAAAUUUGAGAGGUUCGUGGCUGAAAAUGAAGUGAAGCGAUGCAGAUCGCUGAAGAAGUAUGAAGCUGCACGGGAGCAGAACAUUUUGAAGCAGAGAGAGAUAGAAGAUCUGAUGAAACAGCUGAAACAACUUCGCACCAGACAGCAAGUUUUAAAAGAGAGAAUGACAAAAUACAAAAUCUAUGAGGACUACUUGAUGAAAACAAUAGAAUAUCUUCCCAGCACUUACCUCGAUAAUGGGUCUGAAUCUUUGGUUAUGCCCAUUAUUCAACGUCACGAGACUCUGUCCAUCACCAACCAGCAGCUGCUGCAUCGUCUGGAGCGGCUGGAGGAGGAAGUGGAGGAGGGCCAGCGACGACUGCAAUCCAUGGAGCAGAAGCACGGAAUAAAGAAACUGAUGGCCAACAAAGAACUGUCAGAACUUCAGAGUGAGUUAGAAAUGCUUAAAGAGAAGAACGAGCAGGCAGAGGUGAACCUGCUGAUGGUACAAGGCCUGUCCAGAGAAAAGGUUGAGGAAGUGGGAAGCUUACUUAUGGUCAUCCACAACCUUGCAGAGCAAUGUUAUCUACCCACAUAUGGACCGCUGGAGAACAUGAACGACCUGACAAAGAUGGACAUGGUGAAGGAGUACAUUCUGGACAGGGCAGACACGGAGAAGAGAGCGAGGCGACUGAUGGAAUCUGGGUCUGCGAUGACGAGCAGGACGGCUUUGACAGACAAAAGAGAGAGGGCUUCAAUGAAAAGCAUCAGCAGUAGAACACAAAUCAAAAGUUCAAGUAAAGCCAGUAGAAAGAGCGAAACAAUAUGUUGAUGCAGAAUCUUGACAUCUUAGCAUGGUGGUACUGCCAACAGCAAUUUGCUGAGUGUCCAUUUUUGACAUUGUGAGAUGCAGGGAAAGUUCUGGAAAUAUAUAUAUUUUCAACAUUUAGGAGUGAUUUGAAGAGUGACUCUAAAGGUUUAAUGUUAGAAAAACUUGAUAUUUUGAGAAGGUGAUCAAAUGUAUCAUAACUUCGUAAAUAAGUAUUA